CUUUCUGAACCAGGUGAGGGCAACCCGGAGGCAGAAAUAUCGCGAGAGUGGCUACCUCAUGUCGUAAAGUGCCUUAACAUCUGCCGUAGAGGCAUGAUGGUCGCCUAGCAGCAGCUUCCAACGGUCCCGCUGUCUCGGGCGCCCGGCAGAGAGGGUGAACAAAGAUGGCGCCCAGUCUGGAUUGGGUUCAAUUAAUGAAAGUCGAUCCAGACUCAUUGCCAAGUCGAGAGAAACUGGCAGAUAAGUUGUUGGAUACAAUAUCCAAGGUUGAAGGAAAUGAAUUGACAACAGAAGACCCAGAGAAGCUGAUUCAGCUUUUUCGGCUCACCCAGUCCUUAAUGAAGAUGAAAGCACAAGAGGUUGAGUUGGCUCUUGAAGAAGUUGAAAAAGCAGGGGAAGAACAAGCCAAGACAGAAAACCAGCUGAAAGCAAAAGUUCUUAAGCUAGAGAAUGAGUUGGAGAUGGCUCAAGUGAGUGCUGGUGGGCGUGAUACCCGAUUCUUGCGAGAAGAACUUCGUCAAGUGGAAAACCAACUGCAGUUCAAAGACCGGGAGGUUUCAGAAAUGGAAAAAGAGCUAAACAAGGAAAAGAAAAUUGUUGAGCAAGUGGGAAUUCGAAUUAAGGAGAUAGAAAAUGAAAACAACAAACUAAGAAGAGAGAAUGAUCAAUUACGCCAAGAUGUUGUUGACUAUCAGAAACAAAUAGAUUCUCAGAGGGAGACUCUUCUUAAUAGAAGAGGAGAUGAUUCAGACUGCAGAAUACAGCUGUCCAAAAAGAACAAGGAGCUUGCACAAUAUUUGGAUGAAAUUCAGAAUUUAUCUGAAGCCAAUGAAAAGCUGGAGGCACAGAACAAACAGUUGCAACAAAAACUGGAAGAGUCCGUGCAAGAGAUGGACAAGAUGACUGAUGAAUACAACAAAAUGAAACUGAUUGUGCAGCAAUCUGACAGCGCUAUGGAUCAAUUCAAACGAGAAAAGGGGCAGCUGUUGCUUCAGGUACAAGAUCUGACCAACCAGCUGCAAGCCACAACUGAGGAAGAUGAUCCUGUGAUGUUGGCAGUAAAUGCAAAGAUUGAGGAAUGGAAGAAAGUAUUGUCUGCCAAGGAUAAAGAAAUCAGCGAGUAUCAACAGAAAUUGCAAGAACUUCGAACGAAACUAGUAAUUGCUGAGUUUGAUAGUGACAAGAGCAGCGUCAUUACUCUCCAACAGGUCCUGCAAGAACGUGAUGAUCAAAUUAAGGCUCUGGUGGGACAAAUAGAACAGUACACCAAAGAAGCGAAUCAUAAUGUACAAAUCAUUGAAGACUUGAAAAUGCAGCUAGAGAAAGAAUCAAGUUUUCCAACACUUAAUCUGCAGUCCAAAAUUGGGUUGCUCCAGCAAAAGACUCAGGCAGCAGAGCGGAAAGCAUUUGAAGCAAAGCGAAUGGCUGACCUUGCAGAGAGAGAUGCCAGGGAAAAAGACAAGGAACUGGCAGAAACGCUGAUACAUCUUAGGGCAUAUGAAUCAGGUAUUUAUGGAUUGGAAAAUGCUGUUGCAGAGAUUAAGGAAUGCAAGAACCAUAUCAAGAUACGUGAUCAUCAAAUAGAAGCAAUGACAAAGGAGAUAAACAAGCUUGAAAUGAAGAUAAAUGAUCUUUUGGAUGAAAAUGAAAAUUUCAGGCAACGCUUAGGCCUCGACACAAAUGAAAUAAUCGAUCUAAGUGAGUUUAGGAAAACCAAGUACUUGAAACAGCAGCAGUUUCAAGCUGAGAACCAGGUCCUGCUAAAAGAGAUUGAACGCUUGGAGGAAGAAAGAUUGGUGUUAAAGAGGCAAAUUCGUAGGAUGGCUCAAGAUAAAGGCAUGCGAGCAGGUGUGGGAGGAAUUUCAGCUGAGGAUCUGGGAUUGGUGGAUUCGUUUAAUGAGAGGAUAAGUACUAGCAAAGAGACAGAACUGUCAAGCUCAUUCAACUUUGAAUUAAACCAUAAGAACCGUCAGAUACGAGGGGAGCUACUGAACAAAGAAGGAGCAUACCAGAAUGCAGAAUUCGAACUUGCCAAGCUCAACAGGCAAAUAAUGCAGAAUGAAUAUAUUUCAAGAGAACUGGAAGUAAAGGAAAAAGAAUUGGAAGAAACGAGGACUGAAGUCGCUCAACUAAAUGCCAAAUUAAAAAAACUGGUAGAAGAGAAUAAACAAUUUGAAAGUGGUAUGAAAGACAUUUUACAAGCCAUAAAGAGUACGCAAGUGGAAACCAUUUCAAAAGGUGGGGAAGAAAUUCUUAAGAUAGAAAGUCUGGAGAAACUAGUUACAGCAAUUGAGAGAAAGAAUACCACAGAUAAAUUCAACAGUGAUGUUCACCUGAAAGCACAGUUAGACCAGCUUAUGGGGAGAAAUGACGAACUCCGACAGGAGCUGAAAGAGGCUCGCAAAGAGGCUGGCAUAGCUGGCAACCAGCUAGCAAAAGCUAUUGAAAGGAUUACAAAUCUGGAAAGUGAGCUAACUUUAUUACGUCAAUCUGGAGGAUGCAGUGUUGUGUUCCAACCUCUUGCUCUGCCAGAAGGAAUAGUACCAUCUAGCAUUGACAUCAUCAAUACACUGAAUGAAUAUUUGGUGCAACUUCUACAGGAAAUCUCAAAUAAAGAAAAAGAAGGAAAAAAACUGCAAGAGGCCGCUGAAGAUCACAAACGCAAAUUUGCAGUGAUUCGUCAUCAACAGGGAUUGCUGUAUAAGGAAUAUCAAAGUGAAAGGGAAUCCUGGCAAAGGGAUAUUGAAAAAGUUGAAGAAGAAAAGAAAAAGCUUGAGGAUUUAAAGCAACAAGAUCAAGUGAAAAUAGAGCAAUACAAUCAGCUACUAGAAACACUUCAGGUAGAUCCAGAUGAAAUGAAGAAGAAGCUUGCAGAGCUUACUAGCAAGUUAACUGUGCUGCGGGUUAAUGAAAGUUCCUUAACAAGGCGUUAUACGACCCUGAUGGAAAUGGAAAAGCACCUAAGGAAAGAAAAUAACAAGCUCAAGAAUGAAAUAAUAGCCAUGGAGGCAGCAGUUAGUGAAAGAAUUGGAUACCUGCAAAGAUUCAAGGACAUGGCUAGUUUUAAAAUUGCUGCGUUGCAGAAAGCUUUGGAUGAAAGUGCACCUAUAUCAGACCUGGAACGAGCUAAUAAGCAAUACAAUGAACUCACAGCUAAGUAUAGAGAUCUGCUGCAGAAAGACAACCUGCUAGUCCAGAAAACUACUAACCUAGAACAUUUGGUGGAUGAAAAUACAGUGCUACGUGAGCAGAUCAGUGCUUUAAACAAGGAGCUGGAAAUUACAAAGGAAAAGCAGCACACAUUGGAGCAAGCCCUAGAAGAAAUGCAGAAACUAGGAGGUCCAACUGCUAUGGAUAAAGAAAGAAAGGCAAUUACCAACAGUGAAAUUGUGUCCAUCUCCAAGAAGAUUACCAUGCUGGAAAUGAAAGAACUAAACGAACGACAAAGAGCGGAGCAUGCUCAGAAGAUGUAUGAACACGUGCGAGACACACUCAAACAAGUUGAAGAACGAAACUCGGAGCUUGAAUCCAAAUUCGCUGAAGUAACCAAAAUAAACCUGGAGGCCCAGAGAGUGGAACAAAACCUACGAGAUGAGUUGGCCAACAGUGUAAGCCAAACAGUGAGUAAUGCAGACAGGAGCCGCAUCACAGAGCUGGAGAAAUCAGAAUCUGAGUUAAAAGUUGAGGCGUCCAAGUUAAGAGAUAUUGCCGAUGUAGCGAAAAUGCAGGUUGCAGCCUUGGAAGCCCUUCAGCAGUCUAGGGAGAAAGAGGUGGAGGCACUUAGGAAGCAAGUACUUGAUUACCAGGCACAGUCAGAUGAGAGAGCUCUCAUUGCAACAUUGCAUCAACACAUUAUCGCGUUGCAGGUGAGUGAAGCCACUGCUGUUAGCAAGCUGCAGGCAUUUGCAAGUAAGCUGCAAAAAAUGGAGGCCUGCAACCUGCGGCUGAUGCAGAAGCUCGAUGAGAAGGAUCAGACCCUUUUCCACACCCGGCUAGAAGGCACGAACAAGGCCAAGCACCUGCGACAGACUAUUCAGUCCUUACGCAGGCAGUUCAGUGGAGCCCUACCUCUUGCACAACAAGAGAAGUUCUCAAAGACAAUGAUGCAGCUGCAGGACGACAAGCUGAAGAUAAUGCAGGAUGGUAAACGUUCCCAAGAGGAGAGGAGAGUGGCAGAGGACAAGGCAUUGGAACUGCAAAUGAAGCUGAAAGGGCUAGAGGAAUUGAUAGGAACAUUAAAGGAUGCAAAAGGAGCACAAAAGGUAAUUGAAUGGCACAAAAAAAUUGAGGAGCUCCGUCUCCAAGAUCUCAAAACAAAUCGAAGUAUAAGCAAGCAAAAGGAAGAAAUAACUUACUUAAACAAUAUAAUAAGUGAGCUGGAGCACACCAUCAACAAUCUAGAAGAAGAGACGGUUCAACAAAACAAGCUCCAUGAAGAACGGCAGAUAGCAUGGGAUCGCAGAGAGUUAGAACUACAACAUCAGUUGGAUACGUAUGAACAUCAACAUAACGAAAUACUGAAUGCAGCUCAAAAGUUUGAGGAAGCGACUGGUUCAGUCCCAGACCCUAAUAAACCACUUCCACAGCAGCUAAAUGUAGCUCUGCAAAAGAUCAGAGAGCAUGUCUUCAUAAUUCUUGAAACACAAGCAACCUGCAAGACUCUAGAAAAGAAACUUAAAGAGAAGGAGGCAUCUCUGUGGAAGGCAGAACAAAAUGUGCUCUCCCGAGACCAAGUAAUAAAUGAGCUCAGACUUCGACUGCCGGCUACAGCUGAGCGAGAAAAGCUGAUGGUGGACCUCAGUAAGAAGACAGAGGAUGAUCCAGAAAGUAGGAAGGCCCUGAAAGUGGCUCAUCAAACCAUUGCUAACCUGCAGGCCAGACUGGAUCAGAAGGAGGAAGUUCUACAAAAGUACCAACAGUUGCUGACAAGAGCUCACCAGGACCAAGAAGAAAUUGCGAAGAAACAUGAGGAGGAUCUUAAAGUUUUGCACCUGAAACUGAAUUCAUAUGCAGAUGCAUCACUGAAUAAAUUUAAACAAUCUGCAAUGGAGCUGAUGGAGAAACCAUCCCUUCCAGUUCCAACAUCCAAGCAUCUGGCACGCCUGGCAGAGUUGGAACAAACAGUGGCAGAACAGGACAGCUCACUGUCAGCGCUUGUGGACAAACUGAAGAGAGCAACCAUGGAACUAGAGAAACAGAAAGAUAUUAAUCAGCUGAAAGUGAAAGAGCACAAAAUGGAAAAAGCAAAUCUUGAGGAGAAACAUUCAACAGAGGUAAAGAAACUCUGCAAUGAACUAGAUGAGCUGAGGUGCACCCAGCUGCAGAUGGAGAAGGAGGUGCAGUACUUGCAAACUGAACUGGAGGAUCAGAAACGAGCGAAUACAAGAGCACCCACCGCCACCAUGAAGAAUUUAGUGGACAGGUUAAAAGGUCAACUUGCCUUGAAAGAGAAGCAGCAAAAGGCUCUGAGUAAGGCACUGUUGGACCUUCGAGCUGAGAUGACAUCCCAAGCAGAACAGCAGAUUAUAAACCAGGCUGCACAAAAGGAAGGACACCUCAACGUGCAACAAAUUGUUGAUAAGCAAACUAAAGAACUGAGGGCACGUAUAGAAGAUCUGACAGACCAACUCACAAUAGCUAAGGACAGCGUGAAGGCGUGUAAGAGUAAGGAACUGGCCACAGCAGCUGAAAUAGACAAUUUAAAUGGAGAACUUCAGAAAAAGCUACGGGUUCAGAACAAAUUACAAGCAGAGAAAGAUGAGCUGAUGAAAGAGAAUGAGGAACUGAAGAAAAAAAUUAAGAGGCUGUGCAACAGCUUGCAGACGAAGACUGAGACUGACAAUAAACAGAGCACAAUAGAUGAACUGCAGAAAAAGGUUAGAAGAUUGGAAUGCGAACUAGAUCAGAAGAUGGCAUCUGAGCAAAUGGAGAGAAAGGUUUUGAAAGAGGACAGGACUUCAAAGGAGGAAAUAGUGAGGUGGGAAGAAGGCAAAAAGUGGCAAUCCAGAUUGGAAGGAGUGAAACAUAAGCUGAAAGAAAAGGAGAAGGAGCUGGAAACUAUGACCAAGCAGAUCACCACUCUAAAAGAAUUAUAUGCAAGGGCUGAUCAGGAAAAGGCAAUUUUACAGAAGAAACUGAAAGCUCGUGGAAUUACAGCUGACCAGGUAGUAGGUGUCAGAACCAUGGAAUGCAAUCAAGAGAUUGAAGAUUUAAGGAGAAAAAAUACAGACCUUCAAGACCAGAUUAUGAGAAUGAGGCGACAGCAAGCUUUACCACGGGAUUCAGUUGUGGAAGAAUUAACUUUGAAAAAUCAAUAUCUGCAUGAAAAAAUCCAAGCUUUAGAAAAGCAGCUGUCAAAAAGUGCACUUUCCAUUCCAUCAACUUUGGAUCCCAAUGCAGACUUUAAAUCCAAAGGAUCUGCACCCAUUGAUGCUAUUAGUGAAUUCAGGACUGAUGGAAGUGUGAAAAUUGAAACAAAGAAGAAAUAUUUUAAGAAAUCAGCAUUGGCUUUGAGAACAAAUGUUAAAAUUUGCAAUGAACAAGAAAGUACAUGUUCAAAUGGGACUGGAGAAGCUGCUGGCCUUGUCAGUAAAUAUGAUAAGCAUUCUAAUGAUACUACGAUGCACUCAAGUUUGAGACAAGAGGAUGUCUGUACUGAAAUCCAGACAGAGGAGCCUUUGGCAAAUCAGACAGGUUCUACUGCAGAUGGAGGUUAUGUAAAUGGAGAACAGCCCUCUAAGAAACAAAGGGCAGAAAUAGGCCAGGCAGCUGAAAAGGAAAAAUCAGAACCAGAAUCUGAUGAUAACUUGAGAGAUGACAUAAGACAGUCGGAAGUAAAUGCUCCUCUGUUGGAUUCAGCAAGUGAUGGAGCGAUCACAUGUAGCAAGAGUGAACCAAGUUCUGCAACAGGGGAAGAAGUUGAACAGAUAAUGGAGGAAGAUCCCACAGAAGAUCAGGGAGGGACAGAAUCUGAGACGCGCAGAAUCCCUGAGAAAGAACUCCAGACCUCUGGAAUGGGAGCUGAUGCUUUAGCUCAGAAGGAACAAGAACUUCAGAGAGAGAAUCUCAGGCUGGCUGCAGAGAAUGUGGAGCUGCGUUUUCAACUGGAGCAGGCUGACAAGGACUUGCCACGAUUAAAGGAUCAAAUCGUUAAUUUGCAGGAAAUGUAUCAACUUCUCAAAAAAGAGAAAGCAGAAUUGGAAAGAAAACUUGGAAACAUGCGAGGGUCCGGGCGCAGUGGCAAGACAGUGCCUGAGCUGGAGAAAACAAUUGGUUUGAUGAAGAAAGUGGUGGAAAGAAUACAGCGAGAGAAUGAAGAGCUGAAGAAGGGUCCAGGAGUGAUCUCCAGUGAGAAACAAGCCUGCCUUGAAAUGGAAAAUAAUAAGCUUAAGUCGGAACUUGAGAAAUUAAAAUCGCAGGUGGCUGGCCAACUGAGUUUAUGUAACGAGUCCAAAACAAAAGGUGUGGAAAAGAUCUUAGCUGAAAAUGAGCGAUUGCGAAAGGAACUCAAAAAGGAAAGUGACUGUACUGAAAAACUGCGAAUUGCUAAAAGCAGCCUGGAGAUUAUGAACGAGAAGCUAAGCCAGCAGUUGGAAGAGACCAAUAACCGAUUAAGUUUUGCUGAGAGUAGGGGUCCACAAGUUGAGGCCGCAGACAGCAAAAGUUGGAAAUCCAUUGUAGUCACAAGAAUGUAUGAGAGUAAGAUAAAGGAGAUGGAGACAGACAUUACAAAAAAGAACCAAAACAUCAACGAUCUUAGACAGCUGCUGAGAGAAUCGACCGAUAACAAGCAAAAGUUAUCAAAACAGAUAGGAGAACUGGAGGAACAGGUUGAAGUUCUUAAGCAUUUCCCUGAAGAAGCUAAAACAGAGCCAGGCCUGACCAGAGAACUUCAGUUAUUAAGAUUGACAAAUGACCGAUUAGAAAAAGAAAAAGCUGAACUUCUGCACCAUUUGAAGGUCUGCAGGAAGCAAUCAGAAGGCAGCAGUGGCAGCAGCAGAAAUGUUUGCGAUGAUGUAUUAGGCAGUAACGAGGACAAACUGACUGGAGAACUAGUGGAAUUGCAAACUCAACUCAAAACAUCAGACUUCGAGAAACAACAACUGCAGGAGGAGAUACAGCAGCUGAAAAGGGAACUGAAGAACUUUGACCCUUCCUUUUUUGAAGAACUUGAGGAUUUGAAGUUCAAUUACAAUCAGGAAGUCAAACGGAACAUUCUUCUUGAAGAACAAUUAAAGAAAUUGGCGGAGCAGUUUGGGGUCCAAGUGACCAUCCCAGAAAAUAUUUCCACUGAUUAAGAUGUGCAUCUCCAAAGUUCAGUGUUAGACAUGUCUUUUGGAAGACAGAUCAUCAAGUUCGGCAAUUCUAUUUGUAAUUUAUAGAAGUUCAGCAUACCGUCUCAGACCUGUCUCAUUUGUACUUCCAGUCCAUUAACAAGUAUCUAGUAUUCUUUUUUUUUUAGAAGUUCCAGUUAUCCCCUUGCUUUCACAGCCUUUUUUUUGUGGGGGGGGAGGGAAGAGUGUUCUAGGUUUCUGCCAUCACCCUGUCUGUAGCAGCAGUUAAUCAAAGGCUGUUUUAUUUUUCUCAAUUUAACCAAGGUUCAUGUCCAAAGCAGGCAUGAGGUGGUCUGCAAGUGCUGGCAAGACAGCAUGUGGAAAACUUGUCUCUUUGAACUUUGUAUUUUUCAUUUUCCCAUGGAGACCAUAGAUCUUUGACACAAGCGCUCAAAGAACAUUUGAUGCUAAUCCAUUUAGAAACUAGGGCUCUGAAAAGUAGUAGAGAUUAAGAUGCUGAAGGAGCAAUAGUGCUUCUCACUCGUACAGAUGGACAACUAUAGAAAUCCCAACGAGGAACCAGCUCAAGUCCUGUUGUUUACAGACUCAUCCCAGAUAUUAACCAAGCAAAUCUCGCUGUAUGUUUCAUCCCCGCUUUGUAGUCAGGCUCCACCCCAUUUACCAAACACUCAGCCUUCAGUAAUAGUACCAAGAUGAACAUAGAAACUCAUUUUUAUUUGAGGUUGAUUCUACAGAACCUCCUAUCCUCAUUACCAAAGCCAGGGAAGUCAGCCAAAUAACUUAAUUACAAUGUAUAUAGAACAAAAGAUCUGUGACAGUGAUGGAAGUUUGCAGGCUUGACCAUACUUCAUCUGUCUUUAACUAUCCAGUUGCAUGUAUUGACAGUCACAAGUUAGCUCUGCUGCCUACAGCACCAGACAAUAGUUAAGAUGUAACCAAUUUCCUUUUCAGUCUCUGCAACCUAUUUUCCUAUCGUGCAGAAUAGGAGAUGCAUACAUGUUCCUGUAUGUUUACAUGUUAAAACUGAGGACUACUGAUCUAUUUAAAGACUAAAGAUUUAUCAACACUUCCCACUCGCUAAGGACCAGUUACUUAGUGGUUAGUACUUUUAACUAAGGCCUGUAAUCAGGCUAGAUUUUUGUUUGGCAAUUAUUCAAAUCAUCUAUUUUGAAUAAAGUAGUCACAUAGAGAAAAGUAUUUUUGUAGAAUAUUUAUAUGUUGAUUAUCUCUCAUACACUAGAACAGUCUUCACAGAACAUGGUUUUGUUAUUUAUUAUCGUCAAAUACAGUUGAAGAUAGUUUGUUAGAGGGAGUUUUGCUCUGUAUCUUAUUUAUUUGGAAAGCAUGUUCCAUUUCUUAGCAUAAGUGCUCCUCACCUUCUCAUUUUAGUAAAAAGUGAUUUAAAAAAAUCAUUUAAGUAACCGAGUGUCUGCUCUAAGUUGAAUCUUUAUGGAUGGUUUAAUACUAGACUGCAACUUUUGUACACUUUUGAAGCAAAAUUAACAAAAUCACAAAAGUAUCAUUUAGGUCUGCUGUCACAAUCCAUUUGGGAAAGCACACUGAUACUUGAGCCCCAUUACUUCUGCAAUCAUCACAGUUAAAAGAUUUAAAACAAUUGCUCAAAGUCUCCAGUUUUCCUGUCUUCUGAACUCAGGUUAACUGAAAACUACUAUUUACUAUAAAUAAAGCAAUUCUAAUCACAGGUAAAAAUAUUAUCAACUUAUGACUCUCUAACUUGAAUUCUACCCCUUUUUUAAACCACCAUGUACACAACCCCAAAGUUUUUUCUUUGUCUUUGGGCGGAGAAAAAUAAUUUAGGGGAACAGUUCAAUAAGGACCAGUCCACAGUCAUGACGACGACUCCUGUGACUCGCAGAAAUAGCCAAUUUCAAAACCAAAAUGAACAGGCUGGGCAAAACUGCACUGAACAUACAUCCACGGUGUGAAUGCAGGAAUCGUUCCCCCAUCGCUUGAACAAAGUAGAAUUGUAAAUAAAACUCAAUGAUUCAGUGCAUGUCCUGUUACAUUAAAAGUCCUCUUGUCUCCAAUCAGCUGAUUUCCAUAUUCCAUCAGUUCUUUACUAAAGACUGUUGGAAAUUGCAGUCCCUUCAAACCUCAAUUCACUAAGUAUUUUGUGUAGUAUGUAAUCUUGUUUGAUUCUGCUACAGUAGUAACUGGCCUUCUACAAGCAUAAACAAUAAUAGUUUCAUGCACACUACCCUAUAAUGUGUAAUUUUUUGAAAAUAAUGAAAUUUGUUCUGAGAGAGAGGGGAAAAAAAGGGGAGAAAUAAAAAGGUGACUUUGCAACUGAUGAACCAAAACAAGUAACAAUUUAGUCGGGUUGGGAUACUCAUUUUCCUAAAUUACAGAUAUAAAACAGAUUAUUUCCUGCAACUACCCUUCCCUCCUCAUGUGUUGUAGAUUAAAAACAAAGUGCUGGAAAAACUCAGUGGGUCCAGCAGCAUCUGUGAAGAGAAAGCAGGUCUCACGUUUCAGGUCCAGUGACCCUUCAGAAAAAGUUCUGGUAUUGUUGCUGGCAAACUUCAGCAUCCACAGAGAUGCUCUCUUAACAGAUGCUGCCAGACCUGCCUGAGUUUCUACAACACUUUUUGUUUCAAAUCUCCAGCAUCCACACAGCAUUUUGUUUCUAUUUGUUUGGAUGUUGAUUAGGACACAGGGACAUUGCUGCGCUGGGUAUUAUAUCGCAGGCAUUUGACCCAAGAGGGCAUAAGGCAUUGAUUUAGCAUCUCGUCUCCCAACAGUGCAACACUUUUCCCCAAAUACAGGCUCCAAAAUAUUUCUUACAGAAUCCCAGAGUUGCAAUCGCAUUAAGAACUGUUUAAGCUGAAUGAUAGGACUUAAAGGAAUCAAAUAAUAAAACAGUACACAAGUCCCAGCUGGCAUGAUUCCAACUACACCCAUCAUGAGUUGGAAAGAACCCCAUUCUUGAACCCUGCUGUCAAAAUCCUGGACCUGCCACUAUAACAGCACCAUUGGACCAUUUUCACCACACAGACUACAGCAGUUCAAGGAGGUGGCUCAGCGUAAAUGCCAGCCUUGCCAAAGACACCCCAAGCAGAAAUGAAAAGGAUUAUUUUAAUAGAAGCUUAAGAACAUGUCAUACAAAAAUGUGGUGAACUAGCAAUCACCAAUGCAUAGUAAAUAAUACUGCAGCACCAAACAAAACUUUAAAUCUCUCAAACCAAGGGCAAGAUUAAUACAUGCAUCUUUUCAACAGUAAAGCCAAAUUACAGCUUUUUAAAGUUACAAAGAGCAGUUAACACAUGGUAUUAAAAAAAGGUACAAAAUCUAAUAGUUUGCUCCUAAACGCAGUCAAUGCCUUCAUACAUGGACCGAGCUGGAUAGCACAGUUUGAGGAAAUAAGUCUGGUUC